AUGCCACUGAAACGACCACAGAAGUCGGUGACCACAGAGAGGUCCUCUCCAGCAGCAUAUGCUGUGCCUGACUGGUACUCGCACUGCUCUGAUCCCCCAGUGACCAAUAAGCCAUGGAGCUAUGUUUCCUCUCUGCCAGAUUAUGUGAUUCACAGAGAGUUUAAGGCUGAUGACCAUCGUGGUAACAGUUACGAGCCGAGAAGAGGGCCUUUUGAUUUUGAUAUGAAAAGCGUUUGGCAGAGGGAUGCUGAGGACAAAGAAAACGCAGAGAAAAAGAAGGUAGAGAACGCGAAGAAAGCUCUGUUUCUCUUAAGUGCUGCAGGGGCUCAGAUCCAAGAUGUUGCAGAGAAACCGCCAAGGCUCUCCAGCUAUUACUCCCUGCUGCUCAUCCACAUGGGCGCCCAUGAUACUGCCAGGGGAGUCAAGAGUGACUACAAGGGUCUGAGAGUGAGGAUCAGGAACUACGGACUGGACAGCCUCACUGUUUCCCCUGCAAAAAUCAUGGACCAAGGCCCCUUGGUGCACAUUUCUGGGUCCAAGCAGGAGAAGGAGGUCAUUAGGAAGAGUCAGCAUGGGUUUACCAAGGGUCAGUCAUGCCCGAAUAAUCCGAUUGCUCGCUAUGAUAAAAUGACUGGAUUUGUGGACAAGGGGAGAGCAGUGGAUGACUUUCACCUUGCCCUUAGCUCUUGUCAACCCCUUUCAAAACACUCCUCCUUCUCUUGA